UUAUAUCGUUCGCAGGGAAACAUGUCUAACCAAGUUAGCAUUAGAAGAAUUAGAGGUGUAGAGGAGAACUUUCAAGUUGCAUCUACUAACUUUGAGCCCUUGUUUUCUGCUUUCAGUAUGUACAGACAUACUGCACUAAGUUCUGUGUCAAAUCUAAAAGAAGUGGGAAAUAAAUGGGCUAAAGUCACUAUUAAAGAGCAGGAAAAGCAGAAAAUUGGAUCAGUUACUGCAGCUUCAACUAGCCUUGUAUCAUUAGUGGCACUUGGAGCUAGUGCAUUUUUUACUGGGCCCUUUCUAGCUGUAGGAGCUGUUACUGGUGGUGUUUCUGCAGGAAUUGCUGCUUGUAAAAUGUAUUUUAAUCAUCAACAUGAAAAGUUGGCUGAAGAAACUUUGUCUGAAGUAAAAAGAAUCAAUGAGCAACUGAAGGAAGCUUGGGAUGAAAUAAAGCAUUGUAUCGAGGAGCUUGUGGGCGAGCAGAUAUCAGAAGUGGAAAGCUUGGACAGGUUGUUGGCAAUAAUAACCUCAGAUAUACAGUUCAAAGAAAACAUGCCUAAGAUAAGAGUUCUCAGGAAUCUUAUUGCAAAGAUUCAGGAGGAUUCUAACACACGUUUUGUUGAACAUAUCAAAGUAAUUGCUGGAUAUCUGAAUAGUAAUGCUGCAUUAUCAGGAAUAUCAGCAGUAACUCAGUCACCAAAAACAUGCAAACAUUCUCCAUUUGCUUUUAAAUGCACCUCGGAGCCAAGAAAUAGUAGCAGUCUCCAAUGCCUCAGUAGAGCAGGGAAGUUUGUGUAUGGGAUGGCUUUUUUUGGAAAUGCUUUUGCGGUUGGUGUAAAUGUAAAGGAAGCUUGGGAUUUGUCUGAAAAGCUAAAAGAAAUAGAGAAACUGCCAAAGGAAGAGCAGACAAAGGCUGCCAGUGAUCUUUCCAAGAAAAUUAUGGAAGAAGCAGAGAGAAUUGAAGAAAGCAUCAAGAUGCAGUUUGAAGACUGGCUUUAGUCAUCAGCAAGUGUGGCCAUUUUCGAAGAGUUCACCCAUUUUGGAAUACACACCUUUAUAUUGCAUUGUAAAGGUCACUGCUCAAAUAUAUAUUUAUAGCUUUUAAUAUUUGUAAAUAAAUUUUAUUUGUAAAUUCUAAAA